AUGCUCGUGAAUAUUUUCCUCGUUGUCUUCAUCCAAAUCGAGCUGGUCGAGUGCCGAAACAAAUACUUCAACAGAAACAGCUUCAAAUCCUACCACGGGCUCAAAAUGGUCGCCCCUCGUCAAAAAGUCGCCCUGAGAUCAUCCUCUUCCUCUUCCUCCUCGCAGAUCGAACAAGCCAAGGAAAAAUCGUGCACCAGGAGCUUUUGCAACUUCUGCUUCGAACUAAUCAGCCGCGAAAUGCAAAGCCACAAACACUGGGAAACCUGCGACAUCGUCACCUCUCACUGCUGCGACGGAAAAGUCUCAUUUCUUCGAACACGAUAUUGA